GCCGUGUUCAACGCCUUCUAGUUAUCCGUCGUUUUAAUUUGAGUCAAGUUCAAAUUUCGUCAUUCGUUGUUUUGGCGGCCUGACGGUUGGCUGGCGAUAAUUGUUGGUGAAGGUCCAAAAGCUAUUCUUACUCUAGUGGUUGAGGUGUAUUGGAAACAAAGAUGAACUCAGAUGAGAACGCACCUCCGACCAAAGAUGAGAAGACCACUCCAGCAGGAAUGCUGUCAGCGCCUUUUGGCUUCUUCGCUGGAGUUCGUGCCAUGUUAUCGCCCCAGGUCAAGGACCCAUCAUCAGAUGCGCCUAUUGCCACUGGUCGACCAGCACUCAGAGAUGCCAACGCCUCACUGAGUCCCAACCCGAAAGGCAACAUGAAUGGGGCGCAGGGCCUAGGCGGCCAGGGUCUAGGCGGGCAGGUUGCGGCCGAGGCGACCGGCGACUCCCUGCUGUCCCCAAACCAAAGUUCUGGUUUCAGCAGCUGGCAAGAGAGGGGCGACCGGACUUCAGUCGCAUCAGAGAACAGCUUUGUGAGCGCCUUGAGCUCAGGCAACACUUCGAUCCCCGACAGCCUGCACCUAGCGUCGCCAGGCAGACACUACGGGGCAGAAUCAGACACUGACACUUCAACUGCUUACGAGAGUGCAGGGGAAACUGAGGGAAAUGUCAGUGGGUUUGAAGAAGUUUUUAAAUCUUCUGAAGGGGUUUCGUUAAACCGUCCCAUCGCAGUUUCCAGUCCCUUUGAGGAAAAUCGUCUUGAUCAGACAUAUGAAGAAGGUGCAAACACUGCCCUCAAUGAAACAGUGCAACUGGAGAAUUCUGCACAAAGUGCAGAUCCCUUAAGUGUGUCAUUUCUUGUUGACCAUUUGGGUAGUCUUAGUUUGUCAACACCUCUCAAACGUAAAGAUGAUGCCUCAUCACCUAGGGGCCAUGUCACUUUGGCUUCAGAUGUGUCUGGGGAUUUGAAUUCAUCAUCAGAGCAAGAUUCAAUCUCUGUUACUGAACCAGGUGUUAAGGAGUCGUUGGACACCACUAUUACACUGACUGAGACUGAUGAAAAAGAAAUUGAAGAAAUCACAGGAAAAGAUUCUUGCAAGUUACAAGAAACUAGUAUUCCCAAUGACUGCCAGAAGUCACAAGAUUUAAAUCAGACUGUGGACAUUGCUUCGGACUCCAGUUCUGGCAACUUAUCUGUCGUGGAGGUGGAACAGCCUGAUACUGACAGUGAAAUUUCUGCUGCAGCGCUAAAGGAGUUAGAGGGUCUUGGUGAAAAUUUUAACUCCUCAUCAUUGAACUACUCAUCAUUGAAUUAUUCUGAAUUGUCUGCAAUUGAAGCCAAGUUAUUGGAAGGGUUGGAUGAGAGCUAUACUUAUCCAUCAUUCUCUGCCAAUAAUUCAGCACUAUACCCAGAAGUGCCCCAACAAAACUUGGCAGAACACAUUAAUGAAAGUGUUUCUCUUCCUGCGAUUUCCAUUAGUCAGGAUUCAUCUCAAUCAGAAAGUGAAGAAAUUCACUCUACAUUAAAUCAGACAGUUGUAGAAGUAAUCUCUGACAGUCUUUCCCAAACAAGUUGUGAAAAAGAAAGCCCAAGUACCCAUGAGCCAGAGACUCUCCCUUCAAAGCAUCCUGAAGAAGUUUCCUCCUCAGCUUUUACUGGUCAUUGUACACAGCCUGCAGUAAAGAGUCCAGAAGCUGAAAAUGCACUUAAACUAGAUAAUUCAAGUGAAGUUGUCGAAUCGUCCCAAGAGCUUACUAAACCAGUAGAAACUAAUGUUUUGGUUUCUGGUGAGCAUGUUUCUGAAAAUAAUUCUUCUUUGAAUGAUGAAGUCAUGCAAGAGCAUAGAGAUUCUUUUGAGGAUACACCCCUUGUGCAUUCUGAAGAUUUUUCUUUGCCUGAGCCACCUAAAAUAAUUCCUACUGCUGCAAGUACUUUUGAUGAAGCUCCUUUGCCCACCAAGAAACAAAGAACAUUUGAAGAAAUUCUGGCAGAAGAACUUGCAGCUCAGAAUCUGAACUGUCAGACUACAGAUCCAGAGCCAAAGACUGUACUUGUUGACCAACCUCUUGAACUUCCUGCAGUUGAAAACAGUACAAGCCCGUCAUUGGUGGAAACGGAAUCGACUACGUCUCUGGAUGAGUCUGUUAAUGCUGAAUCAGCUGACAGCUGCGGUGUAAUUCAAUGUUCACCCGAGACAGGGCCAGAAUUUGAUGAAAUUGCCAUCCCCAUUAAACCUGCACGAACCUUUGAAGAAAUACUUGAAGCAGAAUUAGCUGCUGAGGGUGACCCAGAGAACGCUGUGCCCUCUUUUUCGGCAGAGGAGGCCCCGAUUCCUUCCAACCCUCAUCGGACUUUCGAAGAAAUUCUUGCUGCUCAGUUAGCUGCUGGAAAUGAUCCUGAACAAGCUGUCCCAUCGUUUUCAAAUUUAAAUUCAAGUGCAUCAUCGCCUAGGAAGCUAAAUGAGUCUUAUGCCCAAUUGAUAUCAUCUGAAUCUACCUUUUUAGAAGAGGAAUCGGAACCUGCUCUUAUUUUGGAUGCUCAUGGGGAGUUAGAGCCUGAAAGUAAUAGUGGUCUAGAUUUGCUCAUUGAGAAGUGCAAACUACAAGAACAAGAUCUUGAGUUAGGGGAAUCAGAAUUUAAGGAUCUUGCUGAUGAAGCUGGUAGACUCUUGAGUGAAUCUCAAAGGGCGGGUAGCAUGGAAUCAUUAGGUUCUGAUUUAGCCAAUCAGACUGUUAUAAAAGUAGACCUUGAGUCUGAUACUAAAUCUUCUGCAGCCAACAUCCAAGUACAACCUCAAAGUCCCCCAGUUAAGGUUGAACUGGAGGACCAGUUUACCAGUGGUGCAGAUGCAUUUGUGGAUUCGUCAGGAUUUGACUUUCUAUCACAGCGUGGUGGUUCUAAUAUAACUCGAGAUUUUCGAAAGGAAAGUCUCUACGUUAAGUUCGACCCAUUGGUGGGCUCUCUAUCAGAUUCGUUCUCUAUAAUGCAUCCGGAAAACAGUUCUGACAAUCAAUCCGGUCAGACAGCUUCAGGAGAUGAAGGUCUGCAGUCUUCAGAGUCUCAAUUAAGUGCAUCCGAGAAACUAGUCUCCCUCAGUCCAUCCUCCAGCAAACAGGCUACAGCGCCUUCAACCCCUCUAAAAGGAGCAGUCAAAUCAAACCCAGCCAAAACACCAGUUCAUGUUAUGCUUAAUGAGACUCUCGAGAACAUUGGCUUACGGGGGGCCUCUGUCAAACAGGAAGACAUCAUCAAAAAAGUUCAAGAGCGUCAGUCUGUGUUAGAGGAACAAGACAAGGCAUACCAGGAACGCAUAGCUGAGCUGGAGCAGAGGCUGCAAGAGAUGGAGCUGCAAACCAGUCAAGGAGACAAGGGUCUCGUACAGCAGCUGCAGCAGCAGCUUCAAGAGAAGACUCAGAGUCUUGGUGAGCUCAAUGUGAUCAUGAAGGAGUAUGAGAAAACAAUAUCCAGGCUUGUAGCAGAAAAGAGCCAAGAAAAAGCUGCUUCUGAUGAGAAACAGGUGGAGUUGAUCAAAGAACGAGAUCAAGCCCAGGAGCACUUAAAUAAUAUGGAAAUUGCAUUUUCUGACAUCCAUACGAAAUAUGAACGAUUGAAGUCAGUCGUGGAGGUCUUCAAAACAAAUGAAGAAACAUUAAAUGCUGCUUUAGAUCAGAAACAAGCCAAUUACGACAAGAUGCAAAGCAUGUACGACUUGCUCAAAUCACAUGCUGUUGCAAAAUUAGAAAAGGCCAAUCAAGACCUGGAAGCAAUCCGACAGAAACAUCAACAAGAAAACGCAAAGCUGAAGGCUAUGAUUAAAAAACUAGAGAUUAAGACUAAGUCCCUUGAAGAAACUUUGGAGCAAAAAGUAAAAGAAAAUCAGGCUCUUACGGCUAUCUGUGAUGAGCUUAUUAAUAAAGUAGGAGAAUAGCAUCAUCUUGCACCUUGCUCAAUGCAGCACUUUUCAUAGAUGGGACUCUAGCCUCAAAGACCACUUAGUCCAAUGAACGUUUUGGCAGGUCCUUCUAUUUCAUAAACUAAAAAUGGUGUAAUUUCAUACCCUGAUAUUUAUUGUGUGUUUAUCGUUAUGAGAUUUAUUCUAUGACACUAGCAGCUUGUCAUAAAUAAUCUCUUUUUAUUUACAUAGUUUAUUUUAUUUUUUUACUUGGCUUUGUACGUACUACCACUAUGAUUAAAUGUAAUGAUGUAAUCAUUCCUUUUUCCUUCUAUUUUUAUUUCCAUCCCUAUUUUUAAGCUUCUCACAGUACUUUUUGCUUAUAGGAAAUACAUGUUCAGGGUUAAGGGUGGAAACCUCUUGUCUUAAGUGAUGAUAACUUAGUGUUACUGCUCAAGUUGAUGGGAUUUGAGGAAGAAAGAUUAUUCUACCUUGAUGUAAUUGUCAGUAAUAAAUUCUCAAACUUAGAA